CACUGCUGAUCGCAUGUAAAUAAGGAAAUGCCAGUUAUCAGCAUGACAGCUCGGCACUGAUGAUCAGUGUGCCCUGAUGAUCAGUGUAGCCCCAGCAGUGCCAACUGUCAGUGCCCUUCAAUGCCACCUGCCAGUGCCCAUCAGUGCCACAUCAGUGCCACAUAUCAAUGUCUACCAGUGCACAUCAGUGUCACAUAUCAGUGCCCAUCUGAGCUGCCUUUCAGGGCCACCUAUCAGUGCCAGUCAGUGCCACCUAUCAAUGCCAGUCAAAGUCGCCUAUCAGUGCUACCUAUCAGUGCCAGUCAGUGCCGCCUAUCAGUGCCAGUCAGUGCCACUAUAAGUG